CUAGGGCUUUUUUGAAGAACGCUCAAAAACACUCACUUACAUUGCAUGCUCUUUGCAAGCGAUCCGUUCGGCAACUCAGGCUCACUUUUUCUCCCUCUCCGACGACCUUAAAGAAAUAGAGAAUAUUUCAGAGGUAUCAUCGGAAUAGGAAAGCAGGGAAAAGGAGCGGAAUAGAAAAGCACAAAAUCAACUCUCUUCUCUCCCUUCUUGUCUUUGUAUCUUUGUUCUUUGAUAUCUCCCUUCCACUCAUGCCCCCGUCUCCGUCCCUCAUCCACAUCCGCUGUCUCCAACCCUCACUGCCGGAGCCGAAAAAGAAGACAAAGAAACGCAUGCCCUAACUUCUAUCCAUUUGGGUGUAAGCUAAGAAAGGCGGAAAUUAGGGCAAAAGAAUGGAAAUUGGUUCUAAUGAGAUGUAUGGUUACAUUGAGAAUAUAAUAACAUUGGGGUAUUACUACUGUGAACUAGAUCAAUUUGCCACUACCUCCCGAAAUUCUCAUGUGAAAGAAUUGAUGAACUAGGGUUUCUCGCUCAUUCACAACCUCCGAAACUCACCCCUUUACACCUCAAAUCACUCAUCGCACCUCCGUCUCUACUGCUUGCGCACCAAAUCACCACCGUCAACACACUCCUCCUCUUUUCUCUCUCUACAUCCUAUAUGCCACCACCUUGUUUUCACCACCACCACCUCUUCUCCUUCUUCGUUCAUGAAGAUGUGGUUGUUAAAUCCACAAAAUUGUAUGCCUUUUUCGGACUACACCAUUACAUAUCUGUGAUUACAAUGCAAAUUCUCGUAUCUUAGAUGUUUUGCUAUAUGCCACACAUGAACUAAUACAUCCAACAGUAGAUGUUUUGCUGUCAAGGCUUGCAGUAAGAAACCUGAUCAAAACAUUCAUCUUGAAUCUAAGAUUAACUUGUGCUCCUUAAAUUGCAUCAUUGAAUGCAUCUAGUGAGGAUAUAAAAGAAACAACAACUGGACAACAUGGUACCAUAGUUGCCUACAUUGAGGAGGAGCAGGGGCAGACUGAAAUAACUAAAGAGAUCUUCCUUGAAGAUCUUGAAACUGUUUCUGAAGUACAAAUCCCAGGAGUGGUCCCACAUUCAGAAGAUUCAAACAUGAAAGAAGAGUGUCUUACAACAGAAACGUAUGUGGAUGAAGAAAAAGGAACAGAAACAAGAGAAUUUCAAGUGAAGAGAAAACAGAACAGACAACAGAAAUUGGCGAGAACAAAUCAUUGUAUGAAAAAAAAGGAUGUUACACAAGAAAAUCAACUUAAUAGCACAGAAGACUGUAGUGAAAUAUCAAAGGAUACUGAACAGAUACCUUUAGAGACACAAAAAGAAAAGGGAACAGAUGACCUCGAAGAACAGAUUGUUGAGGAAUAUAGUAAUUCCACAGAGCUACAAGAGAAAUCAACAGAAGAUCAAAAGGAACCUGUGAUAUCGCAUUCGGACCUAUCAGAAUUUGAUGAGUCACCCAAACAGGGUCUUGAAUCUGUUUGUGAUGUACAAACCCCUGAAGUAGUUGCUGAUUCAGAAGACUCAAAAGUGAAAGAAGAGAGCAUUGUCUCAGCAACAACCGAGUAUACAGAUGAAAAAAAUGAAGAGGAAGAACAUGAAGUUAGAGCUAAUGAAACUUCUAGUGCAAAGAAUCUUGAACUACAUGUAGAACUCAAACCUACGUCUGAAUUGGUGAUAGAAGAAGACCAGGUUAAGGAAACAAAGCGUCCACCAGAACAAUCAUACAUUACCCCUAAACACAUCAUGGAGAAUGACAUCUUGGCUGAAAAGGAUUUAGUAGAUGGAAAGACAACAACAUCAAAUGAAAAGGAAUUAGCCGAUGAGAUGAAAACAAUGGAGGGGAAGAAGAUGAAGUUAAAGCUAAUGAAACUUCAAGUGCAAAGAAUAUUGAACUACAAGGAGAACUCAAACCCAUAUCUGAAUUGGUGA